AUGCGCUUGUUAAUAGCAUUCUUUUCGCUCUUCUCGCUGGCGUACGCCCAGUUUGGCUUCUUUGACCAAAUGUUUGGCCAACAGGAGCAGCAUCACGGCGGGCAUCACCACCACCAGCAACAAAACAAUCCGAGCGACGCUUCACAGUACCACGCACGCUACGAGGCUUCCGUCUGCGACAACUAUCUGUGCCCCGAUUCGCUCGCGUGCGUACAUUUUCCACACCACUGCCCUUGCAUCUGGGAUCAGAACGAGGAAAAAUUCGAACUCGGCGAUGGAAGUCGUCUCUGCGUCUCCAAAGGCGGCUUCAAGGACGGCGAGGCGGCGCGCAAGGUCGAGCUGGCGCGCAAAGGUCUCCUGUAG